AUGGGUUCAGGCAUAGUGAUUGUUGUUCUCGUUUUUUCCUUCAUCUUCUCGUUCUCGAAUGCAAAAGAGGAUUCAUCUGUGCUUUUGAGCUUCAAAAACUCUGUGGAUGAUCCAUCUAAAACUCUGUCCAGCUGGAAUACAAGUGUCAACUUCUGCCGGCACUGGAAUGGCAUAGCCUGCACGGCGAAAGGCCGCGUUUCCGUUCUUGCACUUGAGAAUUUAACACUUCCGGGGUCGCUCUUGGUUUCCACAAUCAACUCUUUGCCCUUCUUACUCGAGCUAUCUGUCUUGGGAAGCAACUUCACUGAUGCUUUGAAUUCCUCCAAACAAGCCUGCUCACUUGAGUUGAUCGAACUGUCGGGUAAUCAAAACAUGUCUUUCACGACCAAUUUUGAUGCUAUGCUAGUCUGCAAAGGUCUAAAGAUUCUCAAUCUUUCAAACAAUCAAAUUGAGGGUAAGAUUCAGGUGCCAAUAGGCAGCGUUUUGGAAGUAAUGGAUCUCUCCAACAACUUCUUUAGUGGGGAGCUUCCCCACUUACUGUUUUCACAGUGCAAGAGAUUGAGAUAUCUAGACCUCUCCCACAAUCAUCUCACCGGAGAACUCCCAGAGGAUCUUUUUAAAAAUUGUACUAAUCUACAGCAAAUCUCUCUGGCCUCCAACAGCUUCCGUGGCACGUCAUUUCCCUCUAUUCACUCCUUACCAUCGCUAGAAUUUCUCGACGCUAGCUUCAACAACUUCACAGGUCCGGUUCCUGCAAUUCAUGAGAACCUCAAGCAUCUUAAUCUUAGCUCAAACAAUUUCAGCACAACCAGGGAAACCUUAUGUCCAUCGCUCAACUCCUCGAGGCUGGAGAGCUUGAUCCUGGUCAACAACAAGCUCACCGGAAGGGUAUUGGACAGCGUCAUGAAUUGCUCUAGCCUUAGGAUGUUGGAUUUGAGCUUCAAUUCGUUAACAGGAGAGAUUCCAAGCAGCAUAUGCAAACAACUUCCCAAGCUCGAGCACUUUCUCGCGUGGGUAAACAACCUCCAGGGGCAGCUUCCCCAAAACCUUGCAUCGUGCAGUAACCUCACCGAGAUCAUCCUCACUUUCAACAAUCUCAGUGGAAACAUUCCACCUGAGCUGUUGUCCAGCACAAAGGGCCUCCAAUGGUUAUGCUUGAGUAAUAGAGUUGCCUGA